UGUUAACAGUACGUGUUAGUUUGCACGUCAUUAAGUACGAUGGAUUGUAGCCUGAGUAUGCAAGCGUCUAUUGAUGUGAUGUUUUAACAACAACAACGCCCGAAACAAUAACAACAAAAGUAGGAAAUGGCUGUGAAAAGUGUUCAUUUAGAUUCUGAUGCGUAUAUGGUGUGUUUAACGCACGCAUUUUCAACAGAAAGAGAGGAGAUCAUGGGACUUCUCAUUGGAGAAAUAGACGAAGAAUUUGUCUCCAGAAUUUCUGCCGUCAUUAUGUUAAGAAGGUCUGAUAAGCAGUCAGACCGGGUGGAAAUUUCACCAGAACAACUUUCAGAUGCAUCAACUGAGGCAGAAAGACUUGCUGACCUUCUGAAAAGACCAAUGCGCGUGCUAGGAUGGUAUCAUUCUCAUCCUCACAUAACCGUCUGGCCUUCACAUGUAGAUGUUAGGACGCAGGGAAUGUAUCAAAUGAUGGACCCUGGUUUUGUGGGUUUAAUAUUCUCAGUGUUUAACGAAGACAAAACCACAAAAUUCGAUAGAGUAGAGGUGACAUGUUUCCAGUCUGCCAAGGUGGGGACAGACUAUACCAGAGUUGAAGUUCCUCUGCACAUCAUACCCUGCCAACACAUCAGUGAAGCCUGUGUUCAGUCACUUGUUCAGUUACCCAGAAUCCUUGGUAUGGAGGAAGAGGAAGCUUAUGUAAAAACAACACAGAACAAAGACAUGGAUCUCAUAACGAGGCUGCACAAUGCAUCGGUGUAUACAAAGUCCGUGUGCCACGUCAUAGACCUUUUGAGCGGUCCAGUUCUGCAAGUUUUGGAGAACAGACUCAAGCUUAACCAAGAACGCAUCAAGGCCUUGCAACAAGAAAAGAAACAGCUUCUUGAAUCCCUUAAACAAGAUGAAGAUCUAAUGGAUUUGGGAUAAUUCGUGGAAAAAAAUGAUUUUAUCCUGUAAAAGUAGUACAUUGUGUUCAAUAUUUUAGACACUGUUUUUUUGUGACAUUAUGUCAAUGAGCUUAAUUCUGGGAAAAUGUGGUGAAAUCUAUGUGCGUAAAGUUUCUUAGUAGAUUAGCUUGUGCAGACAGCACAGGCUAUCCAGUGAAGACACAUACUUUCCAUCUUUUAUGGUGUUUUUAUGCCCCAGUUAGGGUGGCAUAUUGUAGUCAGAUUGUCUGCCGUUUGUUUGUCAGGUAUUCAGUUUUCCGGAGUUUUUUUUUACGCACUGCUUUCAAUUAUUCAGCUGUUUUUUGGUAUGUGAGUCUACCUACAUGACCUACAGAUGAUGUUUGAGUUCGUUCUGUUCAAUGGAUUUUUGGCAAAGUUAUGGGCCUUGGACAUCGACAUAUUCUUUAUAAUAACUGAUUAUGCCGAUGGUGGUUUAAAAAUGUUAGACAUUGACCUAUUCUUAACAUCCCUCAAAGCCAGUUGGGUGAAAAGAUUUAUAUUUCAACCCGACUCAAAACUGAUUAGAAUAUAUACCAAUAUGCUAAACAACUAUGGAGGAAUGUUAAUUUUCAAAUCAAAUUACCAUGAAAAAGAUGUUAGAGACCUAAACAUCAAAUCCGAAUUCUUAAAAAACAUCCUCUGUGGAUGGCUCAGUGUCUCCUUAGAAAAAAAUGAAAUCCCAAUACAAAAGCAAAUUAUCUGGAAUAAUACAUUUAUAAAAAACGAAAAUAAAACUUUUUUUAUUAAAACAUGGUUCGAAAGAGGUAUUCAAUAUAUUGAACAUAUAUAUGAUUUUAGAAAAAGAGAAUUUUACAGUUUCCAAGAUAUAGUAAUUCUUUAUGAAAUAGAUAAAGCAGAUUUUAUAAAAUACCAUCAAAUUGUCAAAAGCAUACUCGUCGAUUGGAAAAAUAAACUAAAAAUAAACGAUAUCAUUUAUACCACCCCGGAAUACAUGCUUAACAAAAUAACAGAACAUACAAAAGCUUGCAAACUAGUUUAUAAAUCUCUUUUACUAAAACACAAACCUGAAAAGUUCAAACAAUUUGACAAAUGGAAAGACACGCUUAAUAAUCCAGAAAUUAAUCAAAGAACUAUCUUCAGUCAAUCAGUUAAAUUAACUAUUGACACCAAACUUAGAAAUUUCCAAUAUAAAUAUCUCAUGCACAUUUUACCAAACAACACUUACCUACAUAAAUGCAAUCUUGUUCCGUCAACCUUAUGCGAUUUUUGUAAUAUGUACUCAGAAACGAAUAUUCAUGUAUUCUGGGAUUGUCAUCUCAUUCAAAAAUUUUGGAUGGAUAUCAAAAACUUUAUUGACAACAAAUCAAACAGGUUAGAAAACAUUGAACUAAAUUUUGCAAAAAUAUCAUUCUGUAAUUUCACCAUAGCCGACUCCAAAAAUGCACACGUUAUAAACUCCGUAAUAUUAUUGGCUAAAUACUUUAUCUUUAAAUGCAAACAGGAAAAAGCAACACCGCAAAUAGAUGCUUUUGUAUCUUUUUUUAAUAAUCGAAUUAAACUCGAGGAAUUAAUAGCGACAACACAAAAUAAAUUACAUAUAUUUUAUACUCACUGGACAUUUGUAACAUAGGUACACCUACCCAAAAGCAACAUACACUUUCCUUUUUUUUAAUUUUUAGUUGUUUUUUUUUUUCUAUCCAUAUAUUUAUGUAACUUUGUGAUUCUAUUCCAUGUUGGUGAAACUUAAAACAUAUUCAUUCACACCAACCAUAGUCUUCACUGAUGCUUUGUAUUAUAAUUAUAUCGAGAAAAAUGUGAAACAAAUAUAUUAAAAACUAUGUAUUUCAUACAGUAUAUGUUCUGCAAUUAUGUAAUAAAAAUAUUACGAUGGAAAUAAAAAAUGGAAUAACAAAAAAAUAACUGUUUUCCAGAAGCUUUUUUUACAAAUUUCUCACAGAUAUUUAGCUGAUUUUUGGUAUGCGAGUCUACAUACAUGAUUUACAAAUGAAUUGUGAGUUUCGUUUCGAUCCAUUGAUUUUUGGCAAAGCUAUGGGCUUAACAAUGUUUUCUAAAAUAGCUGCUGUGUGGCUUCAAAGUGCAGUAGCCAGUAAAGGGGGCAUUAUGUUUCACAAUCACAGGUCUUAUAGUUACCAGUUAAAUUGAUCAUCACUAAUUUGAUAAGUUUUCUUAGUGGAUUUAUUUUGGUAUUAACAAAUAAUUCUUCAAUAAAUUAAAUAUUUGUAUGGGUCAAAUGCUUUGUUCCAUUAUACAAUAAAUUGCAACUGGU